AUGGGAAUGUGGAAGCUUGGAAUUUCAAUGACAACGAUGGCGUUUGGUGUCGUAACGGCUGGUGAUGUGGAAGUACUGACACCUGAUAACUUUGAUACGAUCGUAGACGGAUCAAAGCAUGUCCUGGUAAAGUUCUAUGCACCGUGGUGCGGUCAUUGCAAGAGUUUGGCACCAACGUACGAGACAGUAGCAACGUCUUUUAAGAAGACGGACAGCAUUGUUGUGGCGGAAGUGGAUGCUGACAAUUACAAAGAGUUAGGCUCUAGAUUUGAUAUUACGGGAUAUCCCAAGCUCAAGUAUUUUCCUAAAGGGUCGACGGAAUCUGAAGAUUAUGAAGGCGGUCGUUCUGCAGAAGAUUUUGUCGCGUUUUUGAAUGAAAAGGCUGGUACUAACGUGCAUUUAGCCAAGGAACGAAGCUACGUGACUGCGCUGAGUAGUUUGGACUUUGAUGCAGAGGUUAUUCACUCGAAGAAGCACGCGCUUGUUGAGUUCUACGCCCCGUGGUGUGGCCACUGCAAGACUCUGGCCCCUAUCUAUGAGGAGGUGGGCGCUAUCUUUGCGGGCGAAGAAGACGUUCUUAUUGCUAAGGUGGAUGCCACGGCUAAUGACGAGCUGAAAACGCGUUUCAACAUUAAGGGCUUUCCGACGAUCUAUUACUUUGGCCCGGAGUCGGAUGAACCUUUGGACUACACGGAUGGUAAUAACAAGGAAUCGUUUGUUGAGUUUAUUAACGAGCACGCUGGUACGCUUCGUUCGGCAGAUGGCAGCCUACUGCCUGAGGCUGGUCGUGUUGAGCAGUUGGACGCAAUCAUCAAGGAUAGUGGUGACAUCACGUUUGAUGUGGUGAAGAAGGCGCAGAAGAUUGUGGACGGCUUGGAGGAUCGUGAUUCCAAAUACGGCUUGUUGUAUGUGAAGGCCAUGAAGAAGAUUAUUGCGAAGGGCCCGUCGUACGUCGAUACGGAGAUUACGCGUCUGGAGGGUUUGCGAGACAACGACAACGUAUCCGCCCAAAAGAAGACACAGUUCGAGGUUCGCAAGAACAUUCUCAAGUCUUUUCAGGAAAAGACGAACGAGAAGACGGAACUGUAA